GAAAAGGAGGGACCAACCAGAAGCGAAAUGUACAGAUUAACCUGCCUGCGUACGACGGGUUAAGGAAGAGACCGUCGAAGAGGAUAGCCAUGAAGUGGAUACGGUUCUCGCUCCUGGUUUUGGGGGUGUUUUCCCUGUGCUGUGCCACGGCUGGUGACAGCAGCGGCAUAAAGAAAAUGAAGAUGCAGUUUGCCACUGGACCUCUUCUCAGGUUUCAAAUCUGCAUUUCCUGAGGAUACAAGCGGGUGUUUGAGGAGUACACGCAGGCCUUGUACCAGCGGUACCCAGACAUCCGCAUUGAAGGGGAGAACUAUCUUCCUGUUCCCAUGUAUCGACACGUUGCUUCCUUCCUGUCUGUUUUCAAACUGCUGGUGAUUGGGCUGAUUAUCAUCGGCAGGGACCCAUUCGCUCUCUUUGGUAUGCAAGCCCCCGGAAUGUGGGAAUGGGGCCAAGGAAAUAAGAUUUAUGCCUGCAUGAUGGUGUUCUUCCUCAGCAACAUGAUUGAAAACCAGUUAAUGUCAACAGGAGCGUUUGAAAUCACAUUAAAUGAUGUACCAGUGUGGUCCAAAUUGGAGUCAGGUCACCUGCCCUCCAUGCAGCAGCUUGUGCAAAUCCUGGAUAAUGAAAUGAAGAUGAACGUUCACAUGAACGCAAGGCACCACCACCAUUCAUAACCUUACUGUUCAAUUCCUAGCUGAAGCUAAAAGCCCAUCCAUGUCUGAGGUGGGUUUCUCACUGGGCUGUGAGGUGAUGUUUAUGAACGUCUGCGCUGAAGGCAGGAACACUGCUAGCACAGACUGGAUGUCCCCAUCACUCUUCACUGCGCCCCUUAGAGAUGACCUGCCCCUGACGCCAGAGUGGGAUCCAUGGCAACAGUGCUGGCCAUUUUGUCAUUUUCUUGUACUAUUCAUACUACUACAGAGUUCAUCCAGGUGAUAUUAGUGAGCCCAUAAGGAGAGAGUUAACAUUGGUUCUUGUAGUCUUUAACUAUUUGAAUAUAAUUUGAUCUCUGUGGGGAAAAAAGAAACAAUGUGUCAUUUGUACCACUGAGCCAUAUGUAGAAAUUUGUUUAUCAAGUAGUUUACCGUGUAGAAAUUUGCAGCACUUAAAAGUCUGUCAUCACUGUUGUGAAAAUAACAUUGGGAACCUGUUGGUAUGAUUUCUGGAUUUUUAUAUUUACAAACCUUGGAGGAAACUAAGAAGAUUAAUAAAACAUAUUGUUAACUAUUUAACUCUGAAA